CCCCGGUCUUCUUAAAGGGCCCUGUCUACCCUAGACUCCCAGUCUAUAGACACCCUCCACCAUGCCCGCCCCACCCCAAUCUGUCCACAUCCUCGGACUCGGUAGCAUCGGUUCCUUCCUCGCCCACUCAAUACGCUCCCUCCCCUCCCCACCCCGAGUGCACCUCCUCGUCCAUCGCAAGACCCUCUACGACGAGGUCGCCUCCAGAAAUUGGACUCUCGGUCUACGAGUCAACGAAGACGGACCCCUCCAAGAACAAAGCGGCUUCGAUGCCGAGCUCCUCACCAAAUCACCUCCUUCCUCGGAACCAAUCCAAAAUCUAAUCGUCGCCGUAAAGGCUUCGGCGACCGUAUCAGCCUUACAGCCUAUCCGGCACCGAUUAGGCCCGCAGUCUACGAUAUGUUUGUUUCAGAAUGGGAUGGGUCAAAUUGAGGAUUUAAACGAGCGGGUGUUUACAGAUAAAGCGCGGCGGCCCACGUAUAUGUUUGGGAUUAUGAGGCACGGGGUUUACUUGCGGUCAUCCACGGAGGCGAUCUUGUCCGGGUUGAAUGGGACGGCCGCGAUUGGGGUUGUGGAUGGUGAAGAACGUAGCACUGGCAGUUCGAGACGAGCCGAUCCGCAAUUCCUGCUUGAUACGUUAUUGCGAUCGCCUAUUCUGCGUUGUGAGGAAUUAGCGUGGAAGGAGUUAUUGCAGAAUCAGCUGUUCAAGCUGGCGGCCAACUGCGUGCUGAAUCCGCUCACGGCUAUCCUCGAUGUUCGCAAUGGGGUGAUCAAGGAGAAUCCUGACUUGCAGCCCUUGAUUCAGAGUCUUCUUCGGGAGAUUUCCGUGGUCUUUCGGAGUUUACCUGAAAUCAAAGAUCUGCCGGGUGAACAGAAAGAUCGGUUUUCGGUUCCUUCGUUGGAGGCUCUUGUCAUGGACACUAUAGAGAAGACGGCCGGGAAUUCAAGUAGUAUGCGAGAGGAUGUACGGAAGGGACGGGCGACUGAAAUUGAGUAUAUUAAUGGUUGGAUUUUGAGGCGCGCGAGAGAGUUGGGGAUCGAGUGUCAGGCGAAUGCGGGGUUGAUGCAGCUUGUGCUGGCGAAGAGUCGAUUGACCAUGGGAGGUUAACUCGACUUGAACAAUGGUAAAUGGAGGACCUAGUCUAGCACCGAGUACGGUGCUAUCUGGUCCAAACCCAAUGCAAGGUAAAUCAGAGCGAUAUUCUAGUCUGACUCUUGGCAAGUGGGUUGGUGGAUAAUGGCGCGACAUAUUCAUUCGUCGGAUCGCCAAUCUGCCCCAAAAGCGCCUAGGGUAGUUGAAAGUGUAACCAAAAGCCAUCGGCCCGUUGCCCGGCCCAGGGAAACGCGGGGUCGAUAACUACCGCCGUGGAAUCUGUCAAAGCAGGGCCGAUUGGUGCAUCAUGUAGACCAGUAUGAGAUAGGAAGACGGGGAACUAGCAAAUACAUCAGAAAACGGAGU